AUGCGGCUAGUGUGUGCAACAGCAGAUCAGGUUGUCCUGGCUCCUACAGAUGCUUCACGGGACGCUGAGGACGAGGACGAGGUGAGCAACAUGUCAGUCUCCAUGGUAACAGACUCAUACCCGUCGAUCGAUUGGUCAGUGGUCUCUGUGACCCCGGCAGGUGCUAAUGUCACAGGGUGGGAGCGUGACGCCCUGCUGGCAGUGGCCGAGGUGGUGGUGCUGGCAGUCAUCUUGGUGAUGGCGUUGCUCGGCAACGGGCUGGUGCUGGUGGUGCUGCUACGGCGGAGACGACACCACAACCCGCUGCACCAGUUCAUGCUCAACCUCUGUCUGGCCGACCUGGUGGUGGCUCUGUUCCAGGUGUUGCCUCAGCUGGUUUGGGACGCCAAGGGCCGCUUUCCCGGCCCCGACUUUCUGUGUCGUCUGGUGAAAUACCUGCAGGUCCUUGGGAUGUUCGCCUCCUCCUACAUGAUUGUGGCCAUGACAGUGGACCGUCACUACGCUAUCUGCUGCCCCCUGCAGGCUCAUCGUAGUGGGGCAACCCAGCGCUGGAACACCUUCAUACUGCUGGCCUGGGGGCUGUCACUGCUGCUCAGCCUGCCACAGGUUUUCAUCUUCUCUCGUUCAGAAGUGGCUCCAGGCGUGUACGAGUGUUGGGGAAACUUUGCUGAGUCCUGGGGCCUCAAAGCCUACGUCACCUGGAUGACCCUGGCUGUCUUCAUCCUCCCCGUACUCAUCAUCACUGUCUGCCAGGUGCGAAUCUUCAAGGAGAUCCAUAACAAUCUGUACCUGAAGUCAGAGCGCCGCCUAUCCCCCGCCUCCCUCCCUCCAUCCAGACGGGACAGCCAGAGAGGAGGAGGAGGAGGAGGAGCAGGGGGAGGCAGUAGAGGGAGGUCCAGUCUCUCCCUGUAUGUUUCACCACUCGCGUACAACAACCCUGUUAGUCACACCACCUUUGACCCUGGAUCCAGCUAUCACCACCUGCCCCUGGGUCCGCUCAGAUCCAGCAGCAUCACUUCACAUUGCGAUAUUCACACCUACACAGCUGUUCAUCCAGCGCCCUCUGCUGUCUGCUGCCCUCCGCCCAAAGCCCCCGCUGCCCGUGGUGGAGAGGUAUCAGCAGCCAUGUCAAAGACAGUGAGGAUGACGCUAGUAAUAGUGCUCGUCUACUCACUCUGCUGGGCGCCGUUCUUCAGUGUCCAGCUCUGGGCUGCCUGGGACCCCGACACACCGCAGAAUGGUGCGGUGUUCACCUUGCUGAUGCUGCUGGCCAGUCUGAACUCGUGCACCAACCCCUGGAUCUACUCAGCUUUCUCCAGCAGCGUCUCUCCGGAGCUCCGCCUGCUGCUGCUCUGCCGCGGGCUCUCACAGCGCCGAGGCUCCCUGCCGAAUGACUCCACCACCACACACACCUCCAACUACUGAACCACACACACACACACAGAUCCACUGCACGAUAAAGUGCAAAAUCCAGCCAUGUCAUACAUAUAACAGUAUGAUCUUGUAUUUACUCCCCGUAGAACAACACAACCAUACCGUGCUUGUUUUUUUCCACGUUAUUAUAAAAUUUAGACGGACACUUUUCGAAAUACACUUACCCGCUUUCUUGAGUUUGAUGAAAAGACCAUGCCUCUCCUUUGUCUGUCCGUGAAUGAAGAUAACUUUAGUUAUAUGAUAACUAAAGUUAUCAUACACCCAGGAGAAGGUUAGAUUAGAGCCUGGGUUGCCCUUUCUGCACAAAAAAAGGUAGCUGAAAAACCUCACGUGCCUUUUCUAUCAGAGGUUGUAUCCAAGAACUAGUCGGGCACAUCGCAUACUUUAGUGACUACAACGGCGAUUUUUCAUUUUUGUGCUUAAUUUUUGGUAUGGACUAAAUAAACAUGAUACAACAAUCAAUUAGAGACCUCUAGAUGUGCUGGUUGGCGAACUGUGGACAGAGCCAGGGUUCCCGUUUCCAGAGUUGAUGCUGCGCAAAGCCCGUUUAGCCUGCUAACGGUAGUUGGAAGCAGAGUGAAUCAACUGGCCUGAAUCUGUCCAAAGGACAGUGGCGGCUCCUGACAAAUCUCUCAGGGGGGCAAUGGUUG